AUGGCCCGUAACUACUACAAAGAAUUAGAUAGCUAUAAACCAUUCCAUGUAGCCACAAAACUCGAUAGCAUUCGACUUAAAGGAAGCCGGCCUCUACCAGUUCAAUGGGUCAGAAAUACACUUAACCCUGCUGAAGAUGAGCGAUUUGUAAAGCCGGUGGCAAAUAUGUGUGAUUAUGUAGCCUUCCACACACCCAAAACCAUUCUGUGUAAUCUUGUUCCAAUGGAUGUACAUCUUAUCUCUCCACUCCUUGUGGAAUCAACAAACAGAUACAGUACUUUAUUCAAGAACAAAGAUGUCAAGUGUGGAAUCUGCAAGUCAUUUCCUAUGUAAUUUUUUUUAAGAUGUCAAGUGUGCUAAGCAUUAUUUUGAAAAUUCACUUCUCCAAUAUUAUUAACAAUAAUUUAAUUCAUCAUUUAACAACAGUAAUGAAAUGAAAAAACAAUGAAGUUGAAUAAAACUGCAAAGGAGAACUGCUAAACCUUGGU